AUGAUUCAAAAUAAGGAUGAAGAAUGGAGUUACGAAAUUCGUGUAUUUUUAUCGUCAAAUCAUAAGAAGGAGAGAAUGCCAUACAUUACUGGUAGAGCUGUCGACUACAAGAAGUAUAUUCUGGAUUCGUUUCAUUUUCAUUGGGGAAACAAUGAUUUUAAUGGUUCAGAGCAUUCAAUAAAUGGUGUUUUUAGAUCAGCUGAGGUUCAUUUGGUUCAUUACAAUGAAUUAUACGGUAAUAUAAGUAACGCUAUCAAUAAAACUGAUGGUUUGGUUGUAAUCACUAUUUUUAUUGAGACAAAAGUCAUCACAGAUUUUGGAUUCAUUGAAGUCAAUGAUAUCAACAAUCAAGUGAUUACACCGAUAACUAAAGAGUUGUAUCGCAUAAAGAAAUUUGAUUCAUAUGUCAACCUUAAUCUACCCAUCAGUUUGAAAGACUUAUUACCCAAAAACAAGAACUUGUUUUACCGAUACUCCGGUUCUUUGACAACACCGCCGUGUAGUCAAAGCGUUGUGUUCAUCAUAUUUGUUGAUCCACUCUAUAUUAGCUCAUCGCAGGUGAUAAUCUAUAAGCAAUUGGUUGAUAAUCGGUUGUAG